AUGUCCGAGAAUGGCAGCCGUGAGGCAUUAGGUAGGAGAGCGAUAAAGGGGGCCCAGCACAGAUCAAGGAGUGGGUGGGGUGAAGACGACACCGAGGACACUGUUCGCGACAACGAGGGGAAUGUAACUGACGACCUGCAGCCCAGCUUUGACGAGCAGUCCGUACGCAAUCUAGAAAGGGAAGUCCAAGUCGUGUGCGCGCUUAGCCGGCCAACUCGUCUUGUUCUCUCCCGACUCGAACAGCCGCGGCUACCCAACAUGCCUCCCAUGGCGUUCUCUGGCUUGGUCACAAAGGUUGGCUUCAUGCAGAAAACAGCCACCGUCACUGUCUCGAGAUGGGUCACCCACCCGCGCACAGGCAAGCGGCUAGAAAGAAGCAAGAAGUACCUCACGCACGAUGAACUUAACCAGUUGCGGCAUGGUGACACGGUUCUCAUCCGGAACUGCCCGCCCAUCUCCGCCCGUAAGCGAUUCACUCUGGAGAAAAUCCUCAAGAGCCCAGAGACCGAGCGCGAUGAGAUGCAUGCGCGUAUGGCACAGGAGGCCAGCGCAAUGGAGGCCACAUCGAAUACCCACUAG